AUGGACAGAAACCAGAAUGAAAACUCUUUGAUUUCUUUCGUCUUCAUCUUCUUCUAACCUAGCGAUCCUCAACAGCAUCGAAUACUCAAGCUACUGACGACUGACCAAUCCCCUGUGCCAGUAACCCAUCAAAGAACGCUGACCACAUCUACCGAGAGAAAUCCAACCAAUACCGGAAGUCUCAGAGGACACCUGACAGUACGGUAGCAGGCGGGUUGGGGGGAACUACGGAUAGGAGGUACGGAUCGAGCGACGGCUCCACCAGGUUUGAUAUUUGCAGUUGGGUUCUUGGUGUCACCAUCUUCCUCUGUUUUACCUCCUCCUAUUAUUUUACAACGUUACGAACAUACCAUUAUCAGAUAGAAACUGAUAAUUGAGACAGCCUCGGCUCCCCGUAGCUGUGACGCAACCGGCUCACUAGGGCUCGGUUGGUGCCGAGAUCCGGAUGGAUACCUACUUCCUGUUCUGGUGAGUGGGGCACCGGUAAUGGGCGGAAAUUUAAAAGGACGUUUCGCCCCUCGAUUUUCCUGUGAUGCGAUGAGAAAGGCGUGGCUUGCUUGCUCGAGAAGUUUCUGUUUCGUGGAGGCUGCAUAAAGGGUUUCCAUGGUUCUCGGAACGAACUGUACCGAGGCGAAUUUAGAUUUACGACUCCACGAACGAAGAGAUGCUCCAAGAACUGUGGCGGAGCGACCAUUACCGUAUAGUACCACUCGAUUUGGUCUGGGAGCUCCUGUCUAAGACUUCCAUCUAUGGCCCUCCGCCUGUUGGUAAUCGGAGAUUUUGUCCUUCGAUACGGGUUCCGGCGAAUGGUUGUAACGCGGUAUAGUACUCGAGUCCUGGGCUCUGCUUUGGAAUUUUUGAUUUUUGUCUAUCAGCAGGGAUGCCUGCGCUGGUUCUGGCAGGGAACAAUGGCCAAUUUUUCCUUAGAAUUCCUUCGGUAUUCGGUAGCCCGCUAAGGGUCCAAUGCGCUCCGCCGACACUGUACUCAGGUACUCGCACGGCUGAGUUGAAGUCUCGCGUGUAGGCUGCUAGCCAAUAUUGCCAUGCCCCCAUGCCCGGCCCCACACCAGUGGAAGAACUAUCUAAUUCUAGAAGGCGUGAAGGGGUGCAGAUGCUCUCCUCUCCACUCUUUUGCAAGGAAGGGACCAAAAAACCUCGUAUUGCUAUUGUGGUGUAAUCUGUCCUGUCAGGUAUCCCGGUGUACCAAAAACCCUUUCCUGGUUAUGGGAUCUCCCUAGCUCUAAAGUUACUAUUCACUAAGGAAAGAGGGGCGGAAGGAGUUCCGAGCUUUGAGCACCGUAUCUGGUAUCCACCUCGGAAUUACGGCAGGAUGGUAUCAUUUGACUUUUAUACUGUACUUGGCCUAGGCCAACUCCUCCUCAAAAGCCUGUGCUCGUCAAUUUUCUCACUUAAAUCUCCUCGUUUCAUUAGCUCUGACUCCUUCGAAAGGAGAGGAAAGGUUGGGUGGCAUUUUCGAUUGUUUUGGGUGAGGUGAAAGCUAACAUUGGAAAACGAAGGAACGAGUGAGCAGCCAUGUGGGGCCCAAGUGAGGUUGCUCUCAGUAUUGAAAAGGCAGAAAGGCAGGCAUCCCGCCAGUUGCACAACGGAGACAGCUAUUCUCCACAUUCCUCAGGCCAACCCUCCACGUCGGAUGACAAUUCAAUAUUGAGUCGGCAGGCUACACAGCCAGAAACGCGCCAACACCCGAUCGAGGCUGAACGGCAGAGGACUCACUUGUCUAACCACAGCAGUACUGCUGCAUGCGGUCUGGUAGGGUUUGCUUUAAAGGGAGAGCUCCCGCCCUUUGGGGGCGGAAGGGAGUAUCCUCCUCCGCUGCCCCAUCGUGACCGGUACCUGGUGGAUUUUUCUGGUCCUGAUGAUCCCGUUCAUGGUCAGAAUUGGCCAUUGAAAAAGAAGUGUGUGAUGCGAUAAACGAGAGUUCACAAGGAUUUCUGUUGAUUGGGCUUAGGUUGAUAACGGCGGCUGUCCUAGGAUAUACUACGCUGGUGUCAGCAUGGGGGAGUAGUGUAUUUUCUUCCGCUACAGCACAGGUAGCGAGUAAGCGCUCAUUGCUACACAUGUACCCUUGAUAUGGUUAUCAUUGCCAAACGCAGCACAGAUUUUGACUUCAACUUUAGUGUAUUUCGGAAUAAGUACCGAAGUGGCCACCUUAGGGCUCUCGUUUUAUGUGCUUGGGUUCGCAAGUGGGCCUCUGGUAUGGGCACCCUACUCCGAACUCAAAGGCCGGCGCCCUCCACUACUGCUCGGGAUCUUUGGAUUUUCAAUCUUUCAGAUUGCCGUCGCGGUAGCCAAGGAUGUCCAGACAGUUCUGAUAUGCCGAUUUUGGGGCGGGUUCUUUGCUUCCUCUCCGCUGGCGGUUGUCGGCGCUGUUUUCGCAGACAUCUUUGGUCAGGAAACCAGGGGAACCGCGAUCGCGGUCUUCUCUAUGGCCGUGUUCUCCGGACCACUUUUCGCUCCUAUCGCGGGUGGGUUCAUCGCAGAAAGCUACUUGGGCGUAAGUCUCCGGCCAGCGUAAUUCGCAACGACCAUGCCUUAUUGCUGAUCAAGGGAUAAAUUGACAGUGGAGGUGGACGGAAUACAUCACGGCAAUCAUGGGUUUCUUUGCACUCUUCUUGUGCAUAUUCUUCCUGGAGGAGACAUAUCCGCCGGUGAUCCUGGUAGCGAAAGCCACCAAACUUCGCCGCCUGACAAAGAAUUGGGGGAUCCACGCCAAGCAGGAAGAGCUAGAAGUCAAUUUCAGGGAAUUGGUUGAAAAGAACUUUUCGCGUCCGCUCAAGCUUCUCGUCACUGAGCCGAUAAUACUCCUGCUUAGUCUGUACACUGCUUUUGUCUAGUAACUAUUGUGAUCUAUUUCCGACGGGGCGAUUAAUUGCUAACAUAUUCCCCGCAGUGGUAUUCUUUACAUUUUUUUGACGGCCUACCCGAUCGUUUUCAGUGAAAUGCGUGGUUAUGGACUUGGAGUGUCCGCACUACCGUAUAUUGGGAUGGUCGUCGGGAUGCUUUUCGGGGGACUCCUCGUUAUAGCUUUCCAGCCAUGGACAAACAGGCGGAUGAGGGCGAAUAACAAUGUACCCAUUCCGGAAGAUCGCUUGGUUCCGGCCAUCAUAGGGAGUAUUCUCUUCCCAAUCGGAAUUUUCUGGUUUUCCUGGACGUGAGAAUUCCCGAAUUGAUAUGCCUAGUUUAGGUUUUAUUUUAGGCUGAUAGGUAUUUCAAAGCGGAAACUACCCAAAUGUCCACUGGGCUGCGCCAACGCUCGCCGGUAUCCCUCUCGGCAUUGGCCUGAUAACAAUCUUCCUGCAAUCCCUAAACUACCUUAUCGAUGCAUACCUCAUGUUGUAAGUGCAUCUUAUCCUAUCCGCCCGUUCGAUUGCCGCGCUAAUAACAUCUCAGCGCUGCCUCCGCCAUUGCCGCGAAUACGUUCCUCCGCUCCGCGUUCGCCGCUGGGUUCCCCCUUUUUGGUCGCCAGAUGUUCCACAACCUCGGAGUCAACUGGGCCGGAUCGUUGUUAGGAUUUAUAGCUAUCGCUAUGAUACCUAUUCCUAUUGGAUUCUUCUUUUUCGGGGCGAGGAUUAGGAAGAGGUCGAAGUGGGCGCCGACUGAACUUUGAGUACAGGUAGGUGUUGGCGUGGGACGUAGGGUGUCGGGUACCUAGUUACCUGGUGAGGUGGUUGGGUAGGAUGGUCAGCUCUGCCUCUCGGAUGGAGUCUAUCAAUCCCUUCUGGGGAAGGACUGGAGGAUUUAGAUGAGGUUUGUAGAUACAGUUGUGAUUUUUUGUCCAGCGUCUUAGGCUUUCUUCGUCAAUAUAUCUCAUAGGAGUUUUUUGGACUUC